AUGGAACAGUUCAACCCAGGUCUACAGACGCUAGUUAUAGGAAACAGCUAUGUCAAGGCUUUCCAAGCCUUGGCUGUUACCAGUGAGGCCUACUUUAGUGCUGUAGCGAAGAUGGGAGAACAGGCCCUUCACACACUCUCCUCUCGCUCACUUGGAGAUGUCCUGGUACAGAUAUCUGAUACGCAGAGAAGACUCACAGCUGAGAUGGAGGAGUGGUUCCAGGUAGAAGUUUUACCCAUGGAGAAGAAUGUCAAGUUGGAUGAAGAGUACAUUGACGGCAGUCGCAGGGUGUGACUGGAGGUGAGGAACCAGGCAGAAGCUCUGGAGAGACAGCUGAGAAGAGGUGCCUUCAGAGACUCACUGGAGAACAGUGAGUACAUGCAGUACCGACAGAGUCAACAUGACAUUAUGAAGGAGGAGGAGAGGAGGUAUCGCUUCCUGGCAGAGAAACACUGCGGACUGACAAGUCACAUGCUCUUCUCAUCAACAAGGGCUUCCCUACAGCAGAAGGCUGAUGGAUGGAAGGAGAAAGUGAACGAGACACGAGGCUCCAGACCCCGUAGCCCCACCCACCCUGACCAGGAAGAACAGGUUAGAGACCCCGUAGCCCCACCCACCCUGACCAGGAAGAACAGGUUAGAGACCCGUAGCCCCGCCCACCCUGACCAGGAGGAACAACUGUGUGGCUCAGUGAGCUCUCUGCUGCAGACAGUAGAUGAGGACAGAGACAUGUCUUGGGCCAGGAGAGAACAGCAGGCCCUGGGGAGAUGCCCUCUAGAGCCGAUCCGCUCCUCCUCAGUGGGUGAGUCUCUGGGUCUGGGUGGGGGUAGGACCAUGAGAGCCUGGUCCCACCGCCCUCUCCCCCCCCAAACUCCUACCCUUCACUCGGGAGAGAUGGUUACCGUGUUGGUCCAGGAGCCGAGGAAUGGGUGGCUGUAUGGAAGAACGGAUAGCAGCCUACGCCAGGGCUGGUUCCCAGCAGCUUAUGUUGCUUCUAUUGAGGAGUUCUCUAACCUCUUGGGGUCCAGUGGCACUUCCUUGAGGAGCCACAGCAUGAACAACCUAUUGGAUCCCUCUGACACCUCCAUGGACCAAUCAGAAAAGGCCUACGGUGAUGUCGCGCCCCCUGCCACACCCACUCGCAGGGCCUCCGUCGACUUCCGACCAAUCUCUCCCCUCCCUGAGAGGAUGGCAGAACCAGAGAUUGUGACGAGAACAAAUAGCCUGAAGGGCUAUAGCGAGCUCCCGCCCCCUCCUCCUCCGCCCCCGCCACCCCCUCAGCCAACAACAAUGCUCCGGAGGGGGUCAGCUGACUUUCGACCAAUCCAGCCUACUUUCCCGGAGAGGACAGCAGAGUCAUUAUCACCCCUUGGAGCUUCUGGAGAAAACCUACUCUUUCCCAGGGGAACCAAUCCCUUUGCGACAGUGAAGCUUAAACCAACAACCACCAAUGACAGAUCAGCACCCAGGACCCACUGACCAAUCAGCAGAGAUGUAGACGUCAAGAAAAGCUGACGUCCUUGAGUUUGACAUUGCGUCUAUUUUUAGAGAAAUUAUGUAGAUCAUCUAAUCGUGUAAAAAAAWAUAUAUUUAUUUGUACUAUUAUGCGAUUUAAGAAUAGCACUUUGUCACAUUGUUUGUGUGUUUCGAUAGAUUUUCCAAUGGUUUACUAAUUGUUCGAUCUAGGAUGCUUUUAUUGUGAAAUAGAUACUUUUAUUUUGAAAAUAUCUAAAUGAAUC